AUAACGAUUGUAACAUAUCUCGCGCAACAUUUUCAGUUAGCGAUCAUUGGAACAAGAAGUGUGCAAUAGAAUGGCGUCUUCUGCUACAGAGAAAUACUAUGAGUAUAUUGUGGUUGGCUGUGGUGGUAUUGGAAGUGCAACUCUAUACUGGCUGUCUACUUGUAAAGGAGUUGAUGUCUUGGGGCUAGAACAAUUUAAACUAGGUCAUGAUAAUGGUGGAUCACAAGAUUACUCUCGUAUAAUUCGAAUGAUGUACCAUGACACCAAGUAUACGAAACUUGUGAAGGAAGCUUAUAAAUGCUGGGAGGAGGUGGAGGCCGAAUCUGGCCUGCAGAUCCUUUAUAAGACCGGCGGUGUGCAGUUUGCCGUGAAGGGCACGCCUGGAGAAUCUGGUCUCGAGAAGUAUGCAGCUGCCUCAAAAGCAGAACAUAUCGCGUUUGAGAGGGUCUCUGGACAGCAGAUAGCCGCACGAUUUCCUGGCUUUGCGAUGAGUUCGGACGUGGUGGGCUUAUACGAGCCGACAGCUGGCCUCGUGGAUGCUGCCGUCGGCAAUGCCACCCACAUACAGCUAGCGCAGGCACACGGGGCAACGGUGAUUGAUUCCUGCCCCGUGCUGAAGAUCGACACGCUGCCUUCUGGCGAGGCAAAGGUGUUCACCACCAGGGGGCAGUUCCGUUGCAGACGAGUUAUCAUUACUGCUGGUGCAUGGAUCAACAACGUUCUUGGCACUGUUGGCAUUCACAUUCCCGUCUCUGUGACCCAGGAGCAAGUCACCUACUUUGCUACGCCCAAUAUGAAACUGUACACAAAGAGCCAGUUAGUAGUUCAGUCUUCUUUCUGAUUGCUGAGCACCGCCAUGGUAGAUGGUGCAUGUAGACAUUUUCUCGUUGACCUUGGCCUGUGCUUUUCUCACUUGAAAGUUAUGCAUUUAGAGGUG